AACAAACACACCUGGGAUGUUUCCUCCUCCAAAAUGACGUCUGGUCACUUACCUACAAAUAGGCAACAGUCAAACUGCCUGUGUAAGCUCUCAUCAGUGGAAGCAAAAUGGAUCAGAUAAGACUAAGAACUUUUGUUUUACAUUGUUUUAUCUUGAGGAGUGUGAUUUCCAUUCAGAAAAGAGAAUGGAUAGAAACCCCAACAGCAAGAUUAACAGAAGGAGAUGUGUCAUGUUUUUCUGAUUACAUGGAGAUGUGGAUACACAAUGCGAGGAUUGAAGGGUUGGGGCUCUGGCUGUCUGGGGCCUUAAGGAUCCAAGUCAACCUGGCUUCUCUGGAUCAACUAAACCUGCAGCUGUCUGCCUGUGGACUCUCACUGCACAAAGACCCUGACAACAACUUUAAUUUUAGAGUCAGUUACACUGGAUGUUUGGUCCAGCAACAGAAUGGAUAUCAUGUCCUGACACUGAAUUUGGUGAAGAGGAUAAACAGAUUUGGAGGUAGACCUCAUAGUUUCAUGAUGAAGUGUCCGCUGGUUUCUGUGCUGCCCAGCAGAGAGAAGAUCCAGUGUGACCCGGAGUACAUCCAGGUGACCAGACAAGUUGCCUUUGACAACUGGGACAAUGAGCUGCAGUGGUCUCUGUCUCUGAGCGAUCAGCUGAUUGUGGCUCUGGAAGAUGCCAGCCUGAUCCAGAUGAACAUCGACAUGAGAAGCACAGACAUCACAGUUCAGGGCAGGAGGGGGGAGGUUUUGAGCCCUGUCACAGUAAUGGGAGAUGAGGGGGACUUCUUGGCCUUGAAGCUGGUCAGUGGUCCGUACGCCUACAGUAUGGAAGCUACAUGCCCAAAAGUGAACACAUCCACAGCAGAGGAGACUGUGCUGCACAUUUUCAAACGACGUAUGGGUCUAACCAAGCGAGGCAGCCGGGACAAUGAAGCACUGACGGUCAGUAAUGUGUCGGUGGACCAGACGGAUAAUUUCACUGUGCAUGAGACGAGUGCAUUUGUGACACUGAUUAUUCCUACUGCCCAAAUACUCCAGACCAAGACCUGUGCAGACAGCAAACGCCUCCUGCAGCCAUUCUACCAGGUGGAUGUUGUGCUCACCUUCAAAGAGACAAAUCACAAAAUGCAGUGGAGCAUGGAGAACACACUGCCAUGCACAGUCUUGCAAGGUGACGCUGUGGUCAGUCAGCGCUGUGAAGGUUGA